AUGUUGAUGCGAUUCACAGCCGUUGUGGAAAACAAAUAUUCACAGCGUGCUUCUGUUGUGCGGACGUUUAACUCUCCAGGCCUUGACUUACCGACAACUCCAAAGAGGGUUUCAGGAGCACCGAUACUCAGCGUCUCGCUUGAGAUAAAAGAUGGUUUCGAAGAGCUAAAGCAAGAAAAUAGACAUCUCAGGAUGAAUUUCCGAGCUAGGGUUGCAUAUCACGGCGUUGAAAGUGCUGAUUCUACUGCUGCAAAUCCUAUCGCCUUUCACUGCAAUACCUUUCUCGACGAGAUAAAUUACAGGUUAUAUUGUCGUCAUCGGGAUGAAGAUGAUCUGUGGAAACACUGUCCACAUAGCAGCAUCUGCCACUUCCUUGCGGACGAUCCCGAUCCCGUUGUUGAGGUUAAUAUUGCCCCUAGUGAGGACUUUGUCAGUCUCCGACCUGGCGAAAGCUGGAGUGCGAUAAUUGAGCUCGACGAUGAGCUCUGGGAUUUCCCGAAUGAUCUGCAGCCAGGGGAUGUGUUCCGGUUUGUGUUCAAGGUCGCUACGAUAGAUUAG